AUGAAAUUGUAGUUUUAAGAAGUGCUUCGCUUGAAAUGGAGUUGCCUGCGCGCAUUGUUUAUGUUUGUAGUUUAUGUCUGCGGCAAUAUGAUUUACUGGAAGAUCUACGUGGCCACAUGAUGUUAUAUCACAACUAUCAGCCCAUCAAAACGGCGAACACGAAAACACAGUCUAUGGACGCAAGUGGAGAGUCCUUGACGCCGCCUCCUCCUGCGGAACUGCAGCCGCUGCCCUUUAAGGACUUUCGCAUUGUGCUGCGUGCCAAGCAACAAGUGAAUUGUACCUGUUGCGUGUAUAAAUUUGAGAGCCAUCACAAGCUGUCGCUGCACGCCAAAUGCCACAAGGACUCGGGCUUCAGUUGCAGCGAGUGCGGUCAAGACAUGCCCAAUUGGCGACGCUGUUCGCUGCAUUUGUGGCGCAUGCAUCACCUGGAUGUGGAUCUAUUGGAAUGUCCCGUGCUCGGCUGCGAUUAUAAAUCUCCCAUUUCGGCGCUCGUCUGGCGACACAUGCGCGUCCACAGAAACUGGCGGAGCCGAGUCAUGCGUCGUGAGCUGCUGCGUCGACGUGCACAAAAGCAGCAGCAGCAGCAGGAGGCGCAACGGCGGCAACAGGAGGCGCACCUUCAGCAGCAGCAGCAGCAGAUCGAAGCUACCGACACACAGCAGUCGAUGCCAGCAAUCGCCACGGCCAAGAAAACCAAAUACUAUGCGGAAAAAACCUGCGAGAUUUGUCAACGCAAAUUUGUGAAUGGCAAAACGCUGUCCAAGCACGUGAAGACCGUGCACAACAAGAUCAAACCCUUCAUCUGCAACGUCUGCGGCAAGAAGACAGCGCGGAAGGCGAGCCUAAUUAUACACAUGCGCCAGCACACCGGAGAGAAGCCAUUGAAGUGCGAUAGCUGCAAAUUCUCCACUCGCGAUCCCAGCUCGCUCUACAAGCAUCGACAGCGACACAGCCUGGAGAAAAGCAGAGCCGAUGCCUGAUAUCCAAAACUACUAUAAUUAAGUAAAAGUUUGCUGAAUUGAAUUUAAAUGUUCAUUUAUUGAGUUUACGUUUUCCAUUUAAUGUUAAUAUCAUUUUAGAAUCUGA